AUGCGUUGUACUGCCCUUCUCUACCAAACAGACGCUGCCAUUCAUACUGCACAAAGUCAUCACGCACUGCCUGAUAAGAAACGAGAACAAACCCGGCGUUCGAGUGACACAGUCAGUUUUGAUGGCGAGACGACAAGUCAUUGCGCCACAGGGUCUCCAGGCCCCGACCCCAACCUGUCAUUUCGGCCCUACAUGCUUGCGUUUCAAUACCCGUCUCUACCAGAAAGACUCAACCCCGACGCACGACCUAAUGAAGAACGCCAACAGUUGCUCCGGACGGACGCCACGCUUGUGCUUCACGUCGACACAGGAGACAACUGCGCAGAUGCCGCGUUAGGCCCCGACCGCGACGAACCGCGACCGUUUUUGUCAGUCGUUGCCGCGUGCGUCGCAGCAUCCGCCCAUAUCAACAUCAGGAUAGUGCCGCUCUUAUUCCUGUGCAAAAGCACUACGCACUCCCUGAAGAAAGGCAUCAGCAAACUCUGCGCUUGCGCAGACACGCGUCGUUUUCACGAAGACGCACGAAGUGACGUUGGGACCGGUGCGUCAGGCGCGAUCGCGUCCUAUCGCGUCGAGUACGCUUCCCUACCAAGCAGUCGCCGUCACUCGACUGCACAAAACCACUGCCCACGAAGUGGUAAAACGCACGAGUGGGCUCUGCACUUGCUCGGCACGCGCCUCUUCCACGGAGCAACAAGAGCUCACGAAGUCACCGGCACUUCACUUCCCAGUUCCGUCCUAACACGUCAGCCGUACCAGAACGCGCUCUAA